CGGCCAUACUACUAAUACCGUACAACAUACCAAGUAUCUAAGAGUCAAGAAUACCAAGUCGAUCUUAUAAUUAAGUAUCGAACAUACUACGCAUGAUGAUGAAUCUCGCCGUUGUUAACCGGUUCUUCCAUUUUCCAAGAAACUCCAUAAUACCGACUCGAUAUACAAUCCAAACGAGAGAAUACGCCGGACCAGCGACCCGGACUGGAGUGAAGAAAUUAAAGAAGACAUUAGUUACGGUAGAAAAAAAAGUAUUGCCAGUUGAAACGGAUGUUAACAGACUCUUAACUCAUGUAUGCGGUACAAAUAUUUAUAAAGAGGGAGGAAAAGACAUAGAGUUAAAGCCAGAUUCUGAAUACCCUAGUUGGUUGUGGAGUAUUAGAACUGGCCCUCCUCCACCUUUGGAAGAAUUAGAUUCAAAUACAAAACAAUAUUGGAAAAGAUUGCGAUUACUCGGUUUAAGAAAAAACAAUCAAAAAAGUAAAAACAGAAAGUUUUAAUUGACUUGUGCAAAAAUAUACCGCGUAUAUGUAAUAUGUUUGCUGUAUUGAAAAGCGCUGAAAAUAAUUGUUACUUCUGCAUUGUAAAUCGAUAUACAAGUUAAUA